AUGUAUGACAACGGGACGGUAGAAGGAGCAAGAACGUCAGCGGGGGAACGCGAGUCUCACGACGGUAUAACCCUGGCCACGAUGAGUGGCGUUUCUCGGACCGAGGGGCCGUCAAAGAACCAAGAUGAUGGCAGUCAUAAAGUCAAAACCAUCAGGGAGGAAAUUAAACGCUUUGGGGAUGAUACCACGUUCCACGGUGUACGACUUGCCACAGAUUACAAAGUUAAUCGAUACAGAAGGCUGCUGUGGUUUAUAAUCGUUGGCGGUAUGAGCGGAUACCUUAUCUACGGCAUCGUGAUCAGUACCCAAACCUACUUCAGCUAUCCAGUCACGAGUGUUGUGAAAAUCAAACACCAAAGCUCUGUCAAAUUCCCGGCCGUUACAUUCUGCAAUUUCAACUGGUGGCGUACGUCAAAGAUCAGUCCCGAGUUGGGCCGAGCUAUCAGAGCCGUGGCCAGUGAAGAUGGAGAGGACAGGGUUGACCUCAAUGACUCCUCAAUCGGUUCGAUAUCCAACAUGUCAGCCCGACUGCGUGUCGUUGGUCACCAAAUAGAGGACAUGCUCGUGCUGUGCAAAUUCAAAGGGCAGAAAUGCAGUGCGGCUAACUUCACUCAAGUCAUAACAGAUUUUGGAUUGUGCUACUCGUUCAAUGAGAACAUUGACAGCAAUCAUACAAUCCACCAAUCCGGAAGCCAGAACUCGUUAUUUAUGCAAAUCAACUUGGAACAGGAUGAGUACUUGCCUGGGCUCAAUAUUGCAGCUGGAAUUAAAGUAUUCAACCUAAAGACACCGUACGAAUCUAACUGUACCACCGAGGAACUGAAAUACUCGCCUCGUUUCACUGUACCAUUGUGCCAGUACGAACACAUGGCUGAUGCGAUUAGCAACACGUGUGGUUGCCGAGACUUACGACAUCCAGGAGACUUGCGUGAGUGUAUGCUGAGCGAGUACAGCUGUUUGCGUCAAGCUCUUGCUGAUUUUACUUCUGCUGAUAAGUCCGUUAAGUGUCAAAUCCCUUGCAAUUUGACCGCGUACGAGCCGCGUAUUUCCUUUGCCCAUUGGCCUGGGCACCUACAAGCAGAUGACAUCUUGGAAGACUUAAACAUGACCGCAAGUGAUAUCAGGAAGAACUUGCUACAGGUCAGAAUCUAUUUCGAGGAAAUUAGCUACAGAAGAAUUGCAGAAGUCGCGUCCUACAGUUUCCUAGACUUGCAGAGCAGCAUUGGUGGUUACAUGGGUCUCCUGAUUGGGGCCAGCCUGAUCACUCUGUUUGAGUUUCUCGACUUCAUCGUGGUUACAGUGGCAACCCAUCUGGGCCAAAUUUCAUGA